AUGACUUGCUUGUGGUUCCUAUCUCUUCUUGCUUAUGGACUUGCAGUACUGCAGGGGGUGAGUUGUUGGACGUACCAUUAUUCAGACACAAACAUGACCUACAAGGAAGCAGAGCUGUGGUGCAAAAAGAGAUAUACUAACAUGGUUGCCAUUCAAAAUAAGGAGGAAAUCAACUACCUCAAUAAAUUCUUACCCUUCAAUCCGGGUUACUACUGGAUUGGGAUCAGAAAAAUUAAUGAGGUAUGGACCUGGAUUGGAACUAACAAAGAACUGACAGAAGAGGCAAAGAACUGGGCUUCAGGUGAACCAAAUGGCAGAGGGAAUAAUGAAGACUGCGUGGAAAUCUACAUCAAAAGAGGGAAGGAUGAUGGCAAAUGGAAUGAUGAGCAGUGUGAGAAAAAGAAGGUCGCCCUGUGCUACACAGCUUCUUGCAACCCAUCUCUCUGCAGUGGCCGUGGAGAAUGCAUAGAGACUAUUAACAAUCACACCUGCCGUUGUAACCCUGGAUUCUAUGGGCCUGAAUGUGAAUUUGCUGUGACCUGUCCUGCCUUAGAAAUGCCUGCUCAUGGUGCUGUGACCUGCUCCCAGCCCUCUGCAGAGCUCACCUGGGGUUCCACCUGCGAGUUCACCUGUGAGGAAGGGUUUGCCCUGACAGGACCAGCCACACUGCAGUGUGGGCCUUCUGGGGCCUGGGACGGGCAGCAGCCAUCCUGUGCAGCGGUGAGGUGUGAGGCUGUAAGCUGGCCAGAAGAAGGCUCUGUGACCUGUGACCACGCUCCUGCAGAUCUCACCUAUCGCUCGCGUUGUGAUUUCCGCUGCAGCGGGGGCUACGUUCUGGACGGCCCGUCCAGCAUUGAGUGCACGGCACAGGGACAGUGGUCAGAGCCAGCGCCAAAAUGCAAAGCUGUGACCUGUCCUGCCUUAGAAAUGCCUGCUCAUGGUGCUGUGACCUGCUCCCAGCCCUCUGCAGAGCUCACCUGGGGUUCCACCUGCGAGUUCACCUGUGAGGAAGGGUUUGCCCUGACAGGACCAGCCACACUGCAGCGUGGGCCUUCUGGAGCCUGUGUGCAGUUGUCCAGUGUGAACCGCUGA